AUGGCGUCCAAGCCCAAUGCCGUGCCCCCGUACGGCCACCGCAAGGGCUACAUCCCGCGGACGCCUGCCGACUUCGGAGACGGCGGAGCCUUCCCUGAGAUCCACGUCAGGCAGCACCCGCGGCCUGAGCGCAAGGCGACCGGUACCACGCUCGCGCAAACCGUCGCGGCGGACGGCAGCGUGAACUUCGGCUCCAUCGCGCAGCAGGGCGGCAACAAGCACCGCACCGUGUUCAGCAGCUUCACGGACCUCAUCCCGAAGCCGCAGCUGGCCACAGGCGACCAGCUCGUUCGACCAGAUGAGGAGGAGGUCAAGGACACCGCGAAGGAGACGGCCAAGGCCCUGCAGCAGCUGGUGGAGAAGCGCGUGGCGGCGACGAACCCGAAGAACCUCCCAGACCAGGGCGGGUCCGCGCAGCUGAUCAAGUACACCCCCGCGACGCAAACGGGCACGACAGGAGCCAAGCAGCGUCUGAUCAAGAUCCAGGACGCCCCGGUGGACCCCCUGGAGCCGCCGAAAUUCCGGCACAUGAAGGCCCCGAAGGGCUCCGGGUCCCCGCCCGUGCCCGUGAUGCACUCGCCGCCCCGCGCGGCCACGAAGGCGACACUCGAGGACUGGAAGAUUCCACCCAUGGUUUCGAAUUGGAAGAACCCGAAGGGUUUCAUUAUCCCGUUGGACAAGCGGCUGGCGGCGGACGGUCGCGGGCUCCAGACGACGCAGAUCAACGACAACUUCGCGAAGUUCGCCGAGGCGCUCAGCGUCGCGGAGAGCCGCGCGCGCGAGAGCGUCAACAUGCGGCAGAAGAUGCGGAAGGAGCUCGCGCAGCGGGAGCGCGACCGCAAGGAAGAGGAGCUCCGUGCCAUGGCUGCGCGCGCGCGCGAGGAGCGCCUCGGCGGGCCAGCCGCCGCGGCCCGCGUGGACGACGCGCCCCCCGCGGGCGGAUACCCCCGCCGCCGGCCGCGCCCCGCGACAGCGGCGGCAGCGACGGCGACGAGCCCGCGCGGCGGGACGCCGCCGACGACGACCGCUACCGCCGGCGCGACGACGGCGCGUCGCGGGAGGACCGCGAGGCGCUGCGGCGGCGCGAGGAGAUUCGCCGCGACCGGGCGCGCGAGCGGGAGCGCGAGCAGCGGCUGGCGGAGGCCGGGGAGCGCGGCGGGCGGCUGA